AGGAUAAUAUCCAAGGAUCAAGAAUAUAUCUCUAAAUACACCCAACACAAAAAACAAACAUAAAUCAAUUCACAAAAUGUUCGCGAAAACAGUGCUAAGCGUUUUUGUGAUUGUGGGCCUUGUUGCAGUCAGCCUCAGCAAUCCCGUUGAUAACAAUGGCAAGUAUACGGUUUCAGCGCAAAACUCAAACGACGGCAAAUAUCAUGCACAAGAUGAUGGAAGAUAUCAUCCGAGUUCAGCGGACGAAGGCCGAGGUGGCUAUCAGGAUUCUUUAGGUCGUUAUCAUCACAUGGUGCAGCCCUACAUGCAUGUGAGCGAUAACCGUGAACUUGGAAUUUAUCAUCAUAUUCCCUAUCCAUACGAUGGUGGGUAUGGGCCAUACUCGGGCCUCAAUCGCCCCUAUGUGCACGAUGACAGACCCUACAACCAUGAUCUUUACACAUCGACCACAACAACCACAACGAAGAAACCAACCACAACCACAGAACGCACCACAACAACAACGACCACGACGACGACGACGCCACGCCCCAUACUCUUCAACUAUGAUGACGAGGGACGCCAUAAGAUUCUGCACCAGGAAGAGAUCCGCAAGAAGGACAAAUAUGAUCAUGCUUUCCUGACUGAGAACGGCAUCUAUGGCGAGGAGCAGGCGAAACUGCAUCAUGGAGGUGGUACACAUGCCAAAGGCUACUAUGAAUACACCGGAGAUGAUGGCAAAUUGUAUCGCGUGAACUAUGCAUCCAAUGAUAGGGGAUUCAUGCCCGAGGGUGAGCACAUUCCAACACCACCUCCGAUUCCCGAGGCCAUUGCUCGUGCUCUGAAGUAUGUGGAGGAGCAGCACAAGGCGAAUGGAGAUAAGCCUCUGUUCGAUCAUCGCGGAUUCCGUAUCAAUCACAUGACCAAGGAAAUCAAGGCACAAAUCAAGUCCAUUCAUCUGGAUCAAAUGCCCAAGGAGCUAAGCGAUCAAAUCCGUAUGCUGGAGCACGAGGUCGAGCUGGCCGAGGAGGAGGAGGCGCGCGAACUAGAGGAAGAGCAGCGCCGGAAAAGUGCUCAUCAGCUCUAAUUUGAAGCGAGUGAAUUCCCCCCACAUUGCUGUGUUCUCAUCUAAAGCCAUAGGGAUUGUGUUGUGCACAACACAUUCUUAAGUCCCCCGCCCUUAACCCCCUGCACCAUUCAAAUGUCCCCCCAUUCCCAUGCAUUUGCCACAAGCAGCUGGCAAAAACUAUAACAAGCCAUCGAAAAACUGCAAAAAAAAAAAGAACAACAAACGAA